UUUUUUGUUUUCAAAUAUGCGAGUUUGCCCUUUCUAUGGGAUCUUGGAAAUCUUGGCGUCCAAUGUUGUUGUGUGGACAACUAAAGUAGCAACGGUCGACGGACCGAUUUGCUUAUUUUGCGAGCGUUACGUAAGUCGCAUCUACCGCACGACAACGAAUUCAUGCGUAUCCUGCGAGCACAAUUACAUAACAACGCUAUUUCCACCAACUCCAAGAAUUCUUGAUAUCCCAAAGAAAGAUGUGCCCCGGAAGAACAAGACGUUAGUCUUCUUGUGCGCCCGGCUAUCGGCUGGGAAUACAUUGACCGUUGGAUACUUUGACAAAUUGGUCGCGUCACUAGAACAAAGUGAAAGCAAUCCAGGACGGUUUGGUAAAUUCAACCGUCCCGGGUUGCCGGCAGGAAUGGAGAUUGUUGGAAAAUUUGUUGCCCGCGCGACUGCAACUACAAAAAUUGAUACUAGAUACGAGCGAACCAUCAAUGCUGAAGCUGAUUGGCUACCGAUGAAUCUGUUGCCAGAGUUCAUCGUACAUCGCUACUGGCCGGGAAAUACAGUUCUCAUAGGAAUGUCUACACCUUCCUGUUUAACCGUUUCGCCAAAUCAUCUGGUUAUAAAUUCGUAA